UCAGCACCUUCAAAGUUGGUUUAAGCACCGCCAAUUAACUCGUAGAAGAAGAAGCAGAAUCGCCGGAACUUCACAGUGUUACACCAAGCGGAAGUAAACAAACAAAGCGCUAGCAACGGUAGCUGUAUGACUGAAUGUCAUUAGCUCGGGGACUGUGGUGUGGUCAUAUCACCGGGAAAUAUUUCACCUGUAACGAAGCAGCGAUGUCUUCGGUUCAGUAUCUGAAAGAGUUCAUCAACCAGCGACUAACUGCUGCUGCUGAGGAGAUAUUCGGAGUUUUAGAAAAAACCAUCGUCGAGUACGAAGAUGUGGUCGAUCGUCAGCGCAAACUGCUGGAUAUCGUUUUGAAACCUGAAAUAAAGUUACACAGGACAGGUUUCAAGCAGCAAGAAACAGUCAAUCUCCCACAGCAACAGGUGUAUGAUGAUGAGGAGGUUCUCACUGACCAGCAGCUCUGUAACCAGGACAGGAACUCCAGUCUGGACCACGAGGACCCAGAACCACUACUGAUUAAAGAGGAACAGGAGGAAAUCUGCAGCAGUCAGGAGGGAGAACAGGUUAUACUGAAGCAGGAGAUUGAUACCUUCAUGUUGACACCUGGUUAUGAGGAAACUGACCACAGUGAACCAGAACCAGGCAGUGACCACCAGCUCCUCUCUCACAACUCUCCUGUAGCUGAGAGCCAAGAUCAGAGAGGAAGCAAACAUGAGGAAUCAGGAUCAACUAGAAAUGCAGAACCAAAGCCACAGAAGAGACAAAACAGAAACAGGAGUCACAGUGAUAAUGUAUACAACUCUCCCAUGUCAAAAAUUCACUCUAAUACUCACAGAGGUACCAAGUCUUUAAAAUGUGACACUUGUGGAAAAGAUUUUAAGUAUAACUGGUUAUUGAAGAGACAUCUGACAACUCACGCAGAUCUCCCACAGCAGCAUGUUUGUCAGGAGGAGGAGGUUCUCACUGACCAGCAGCUCUGUAACCAGGAGAGGAACUCCAGUCUGGACCAAGAGGACCCAGAACCACCACAGAUUGAAGAGGAACAGGAGGAAAUCUGCAGCAGUCAGGAGGGAGAGCAGCUUGUACUGAAGCAGGACACUGAUACCUUUAUGUUGACCUCUGAUCAUGAGGAAACUGACCACAGUGAACCAGAACCAGGCAGUGACCACCAGCUCCUCUCUCACAACUCUCCUGUAGCUGAGAGUCAAGAUCAGAGAGGAAGCAAACAUGAGGACUCAGGAUCAACUAGAAAUACAGAACCAAAGCCACAGAAGAUCGAUUUUAAAAAAACUGCUGAAGAAAUAUCAGGAGUCAACACCAUCGUCGAGUAUGAGGAAGAGGUCGAUCGUCAGCACAGACUGCUGGAUAUCAUUUGGAAACCUGAAAUAAAGUUACACAGGAUAGAUCUCCCACAGCAGCAUGUCUGUAUGGAGGAGGAGGUUCUCACUGACCAGCAGCUCUGUAACCAGGAGAGGAACUCCAGUCUGGACCAAGAGGACCCAGAACCACUACUGAUUAAAGAGGAACAGGAGGAAAUCUGCAGCAGUCAGGAGGGAGAGCAGCUUGUACUGAAGCAGGAGACUGAUACCUUUAUGUUGACUUCUGAUGAUGAGGAAACUGACCACAGUGAACCAGAACCAGGCAGUGACCACCAGCUCCUCUCUCACAGCUCUCCUGUAGCUGAGAGCCAAGAUCAGAGAGGAAGCAAACAUGAGGACUCAGGAUCAACUAGAAAUGCAGAACCAACGCCACAGAAGAGACAAAACGGAAACAGUGGUCACAGUGAUAAAGCUUUUAAGCAGAAGCAUCCACUCAAAAGACAUCUGAAAACACACAUGGAUCUCCCACAGCAGCAUGUCUGUAAGGAGGAGGAGGUUCUCACUGACCAGCAGCUCUGUAACCAGGAGAGGAACUCCAGUCUGGACCAAGAGGACCCAGAACCACUACAGAUUAAAGAGGAACAGGAGGAAAUCUGCAGCAGUCAGGAGGGAGAGCAGCUUGUACUGAAGCAGGAGACUGAUACCUUUAUCUGA